AGCAAGGCAGAGACAGAGGCUGAGAAGUGCAGUCAGCUUCUCACCAAGAGGACCAUGCUGUCUCCGAGCCUUGCUCUCCUGGUGUUCAUCUUCACCGCCAAGUCAGGUGACGGAGCCCAAAUCAUUGGAGGGACAGAGGUGACCCCUCACUCCCUGCCCUCUAUGGCUCUGGUGGAAAUCAGAGAUGAAAAAGGAAACCAAUUUAUCUGUGGUGGGACCCUCAUCCACCCGAAAUGGGUCCUGACUGCUGCUCACUGUGCACGCCAAGAGAUAUCUGUGACUCUGGGGGUUCACUCCAGAGAAAAUGAAGGACAGGGAAUGCGCUUCCUACAGUUCAGACGAGUGACUCGGCUGGUGAUCCAUCCUGACUACACAAAAGGUCUUAAUUUCAACGAUCUGAUGUUGCUGGAGUUGGAGUCAACUGUGGAAGAAACAGCCUAUGUGAAAUCUUCCAAGAUCAAGACCCCACCAAAUUACCCCGGAGCUGGCAAGACCUGCUUGGUGGCCGGGUGGGGGCGCACUGGAUACGAUGAGAACCUUUCUGAUGUAUUGAUGGCGGCCAACGUGAAAGUGAUUGACUUGGAGACAUGCAACUCUGCAGACUUUUACGACGAUGACCUAGCGAUCAACAGGGAUGUGAUUUGUGCCGGCUCUGGUCGAAAGAAGGAGAUUGGUGUCUGGAAGGGCGACUCCGGCGGUCCUCUGGUGUGCGACAACAUGCUGGUUGGAGUCACUUCCUUCGGACAGCCGUGCCUCCCUGCUGUGUUCAUGUACCUUUCUAAGGACCGAGUCCAAUGGAUCCAACAAUCAAUUGAGUGA